CCACAUGCAUACCAAAUAUGGUGCCCUUCCGUCCAGAUCAUAGCCUGUUACCAUCCAAUACGACCAGUUGCUUUCAGAUAUCGCUGGACAAACGCGCAGUAAUGGGUGUACGAGCUGGUGUUGUCGUUUGCAUAACCUCCUUCUUACUCGGUUCGCUCUUCACUCAUUGGAUCGCAGACUCUCUGACUCUGUGGAAGUCACCGGACCCAGUACAAAUUUUAUAUGUACUCUUUGGCAUCAUUAUACUUGGCGGAACGACCAUUUUUUGGAGUUUCAAUGAUUUGGAAGCGGGCAACUUGAUGUUUGACGGAGGGAGCAUCUUCCUCUACGGUGUCGCUGUCAUCAUGUACGCGUACUCCGUCAUUCCCAAUCUCAUGGAUAAAUUCACGACAAUUCCACCCCACCACAUAAAGGACGCUUUUCCACGUUUACUGAGAACACCUACUCUCGACCUGGCGUCAAACCACCUCGUUUGCAGCGUAGCGCUGACAGGUGUCCUGAUACUUCAGGCUGGUCGGUGGUGGGCUGAACUAGCUGAUGGUGAUGAUGAGGAAGGCUACCUCUCUGAAAAAGUUGACGGUGACGUUGGAGAGGAAAAAAAGUCAACAACUCCCCUCGCAGCAACCGCAUGAUGAAAGCCACCCUUUCGCCCAUUAUUUCCAUGCAGGGCUGCUUCCCAGUUAUCCAUAUCUUUAGCACUUGUGCGUGCUCGAGUUUCAGUCCACUGUUGGAUAGUCAUAGCACCAUCUAAUACCCUUCACGAUCAUCACAAAUCGCAUAUAUUGGUUCCCGGGUCCUCACCUCUUUGUGCAGCAACAAUGCUUCCAUUGCACAUUGCACGAGUACUAUUUACAAGUCAUUAGUUAUUGUAUUUUAUAUACACGACGAUCGCAAAGACUUGAAUGAUGACAGUUUGGAGA